AAUAAAAAAUUACCUGUUCACACCUCACCAACGUACUAUUCUGGACAGAGUAUUCACCUUAGAGAUCUUUUCGAAAAACAGGAACUUUGGGUUUUCGGCUAUGGCUCCUUAAUGUGGAAAACCGAGUUUCCAUGUCCCUUUGUUGAGAAAAUUUUUGGAAAAAUUUGUGGUUAUAAGCGUCGUUUUUGGCAGGGGAGUACUGAUCACCGUGGUACACCGGGUAAACCAGGUCGAGUUGUUACUAUAGUGGAAGAUAAAGAGUCGGAAGUUUGGGGGGUCGCGUACUCUUUUCCUAAGGAAAGCACAUAUGAAAUAUUAGAUCUUCUAGAUUAUAGAGAAAAAGGGGGGUAUGAUUGUGCGAUGGUUAAUUUCUAUCCAAUUGAUAACCGAGAUUCUUUUAAAGCGCUCCUCUACGUUGGGCGGCCUGUCAACUCCAGCUAUCUCGGACCAGCAACUCUUUCAGAGAUGGCCAAGCAAAUCGCUACGGCGCAAGGACCAAGCGGUGCAAACUACGAGUAUCUCUAUAACCUCGCUAACGCUUUGAGGUAGAUCUCCAGCGACAUCGAAGUGAAGGAAGCUCACGUUUUUGAAUUAGAGAGAGAAGUCAGGAAGCUUUUAAACGA